GUGCGCCCGGGGCAGGGCGGGGGCAGGGAGAGGGGGCGGAAUCGGGGCGGUCCCGGGAGCGCCCCGCCCGCUCCGCCUCCGCAGCGUUGACAGCUGCCCGCCACCGAGAGAUCAGCUGUUAGAGAUCAGAGGAAGAGGAAGGGGCGGAGCUGCUUUGCGGCCGGCAGCGGAGCAGUCAGCCGACUACAGAGAAGGGUAAUCGGGUGUCCCCAGCGCCGCCCGGGGCCCUGAGGGCUGGCUAGGGUCCAGGCCGGUGGGGACGGGACAGACGAACCAGCCCCGUGUAGGAAGCCCGACAAUGCCCCGCUACGGAGCGUCACUCCGCCAGAGCUGCCCCAGGUCCGGCCGGGAACAGGGACAAGACGGGACCGCCAGAGCCCCCGGACUCCUUUGGAUGGGCCUGGUACUGGCGCUGGCGCUGGCGCUGGCUCUGUCUGACUCUCGGGUUCUCUGGGCUCCGGCAGAGGCUCACCCUGUUUCUCCCCAAGGCCAUCCUGCCAGGUUACAUCGCAUAGUGCCCCGGCUCCGAGAUGUCUUUGGGUGGGGGAACCUCACCUGCCCAGUCUGCAAAGGUCUAUUCACCGCCAUCAACCUCGGGCUGAAGAAGGAACCCAAUGUGGCUCGCGUGGGCUCCGUGGCCAUCAAGCUGUGCAAUCUGCUGAAGAUAGCACCACCUGCCGUGUGCCAAUCCAUUGUCCACCUCUUUGAGGAUGACAUGGUGGAGGUGUGGAGACGCUCAGUGCUGAGCCCAUCUGAGGCCUGUGGCCUGCUCCUGGGCUCCACCUGUGGGCACUGGGACAUUUUCUCAUCUUGGAACAUCUCUUUGCCUACUGUGCCGAAGCCGCCCCCCAAACCUCCUAGCCCCCCAGCCCCAGGCGCCCCUGUCAGCCGCAUCCUCUUCCUCACUGACCUGCACUGGGAUCAUGACUACCUGGAGGGCAUGGACCCUGACUGUGCAGACCCACUGUGUUGCCGCCGGGGUUCUGGCCUGCCGCCCGCGUCCCGGCCAGGUGCCGGAUACUGGGGCGAAUACAGCAAGUGUGACCUGCCCCUGAGGACCCUGGAGAGCCUGUUGAGUGGGCUGGGCCCAGCCGGCCCUUUUGAUAUGGUGUACUGGACAGGAGACAUCCCCGCACAUGAUGUCUGGCACCAGACUCGUCAGGACCAACUGCGGGCCCUGACCACUGUCACAGCACUUGUGAGGAAGUUCCUGGGGCCAGUGCCAGUGUACCCUGCUGUGGGUAACCAUGAAAGCACACCUGUCAAUAGCUUCCCUCCCCCCUUCAUUGAGGGCAACCACUCCUCCCGCUGGCUCUAUGAAGCGAUGGCCAAGGCUUGGGAGCCCUGGCUGCCUGCUGAAGCCCUGCGCACCCUCAGAAUUGGGGGGUUCUAUGCUCUCUCCCCAUACCCCGGUCUCCGCCUCAUCUCUCUCAAUAUGAAUUUUUGUUCCCGUGAGAACUUCUGGCUCUUGAUCAACUCCACGGAUCCCGCAGGACAGCUCCAGUGGCUGGUGGGGGAGCUUCAGGCUGCUGAGGAUCGAGGAGACAAAGUGCAUAUAAUUGGCCACAUUCCCCCAGGGCACUGUCUGAAGAGCUGGAGCUGGAAUUAUUACCGAAUUGUAGCCAGGUAUGAGAACACCCUGGCUGCUCAGUUCUUUGGCCACACUCAUGUGGAUGAAUUUGAGGUCUUCUAUGAUGAAGAGACUCUGAGCCGGCCGCUGGCUGUAGCCUUCCUGGCACCCAGUGCAACUACCUACAUCGGCCUUAAUCCUGUCAGCCCCACUUCCUUGCAGGUUACCGUGUGUACCACAUAGACGGAAACUACUCUGGGAGCUCUCACGUGGUCCUGGACCAUGAGACCUACAUCCUGAAUCUGACCCAGGCAAACACACCGGGAGCCAUACCGCACUGGCAGCUUCUCUACAGGGCUCGAGAAACCUAUGGGCUGCCCAACACACUGCCUACCGCCUGGCACAACCUGGUAUAUCGCAUGCGGGGCGACAUGCAACUUUUCCAGACCUUCUGGUUUCUCUACCAUAAGGGCCACCCACCCUCGGAGCCCUGUGGCACGCCCUGCCGUCUGGCUACUCUUUGUGCCCAGCUCUCUGCCCGUGCUGACAGCCCUGCUCUGUGCCGCCACCUGAUGCCAGAUGGGAGCCUCCCAGAGGCCCAGAGCCUGUGGCCAAGGCCACUGUUUUGCUAGGGCCCCAGGGCCCACAUUUGGGAAAGUUCUUGAUGUAGGAAAGGAUGAAAAAGCCCAAAUGCUGCUGUGGUUCAACCAGGCAAGAUCAUCCGGUGAAAGAACCAGUCCCUGGGCCCCAAGGAUGCCAGGGAAACAGGACCUUCUCCUUUCCUGGAGCUGGUUUAGCUGGAUAUGGGAGGGGGUUUGGCUGCCUAUGCCCAGGAGCUAGACUGCCUUGAGGCUGCUGUCCUUUCACAGCCAUGGAGUAGAGGCCUAAGUUGACACUGCCCUGGGCAGACAAGACAGGAGCUGUCGCCCCAGGCCUGUGCUGCCCAGCCAGGAACCCUGUACUGCUGCUGCGACCUGAUGCCGCCAGUCUGUUAAAAUAAAGAUAAGAGACUUGGACUCCA